AUGGCCAGGAUUGCUUCGGUGUUCGGGCUAACCGUGAACGGACACGUGCUGCUGGACUUCCACCAGAACCCAGACCGCCCUCCGCAGCGGCUACGGGUCGUGUCCGCCUCGCUGUGGCUCUACGUGCGCGCCAAGUCGCACCCGGCGCCCAGCGCGGGCGGCCCCAACCGCACGGCGACGCUGUACAUCUUUCGCGUGCCGGACUCCAACAGCUCGGCGUCGCUCAGCUCCAGCAUGGACCUGCUGUCGGCGCUCGAGGUGCACGCGAACUCCGGCUGGCGCCGCGUGGACCUGCGGCCCGCGGUGCAGCGCUGGUUCGCGUCCUCGGAGAAGCUCACGCUGCUCGUGGACUGCGUGGGCUGUGGGCCGUCCGCGAUCCAGGUGGCCCAGUUCGAGCGCCGGCAGCGCCGGCGGCCUUUCCUCGCCGUCGCCACCGAAGCCGCGGGACUCCGGCGCCGCGGACGGCGCUACACCGUCACCUGUGGCGAAGGGGUGACGCAGUGCUGCAAGCAGUCGUUGUACGUGAGCUUCGAGGAGCUCGGCUGGGACGACUGGAUCAUCGCGCCCAAGGGCUACUACGCAAACUACUGCAUGGGCGAGUGCGCGGGGUCGCCUAGGACUCCCGACAUGUUCCGCUACUUCCACGCGCACGUGCUCGAGGAGUACCGGCAGCGCAACCCGUACGCGUCCAUCGCGCCCUGCUGCGCGCCCACCAAGCUGUCGCCCAUGUCGCUCAUCUACUUCGACCGCGACCAGAACAUCAUCAAGUCGGACCUGCCCAAAAUGAUCGUGGACGAUUGCGGCUGCACGUAGCGCAAGCCC